CUCUGUGUCCGCAGCGGCGCUCCGUACAUGAACAUCAACCGAAUGAACGGAACGGAUGUCGCGGAUCGGUUAAUUAAACACACCGUGGGCUCCGUCAUCAGCUCGAGCGCGUCCGCCUCGUUUAUUAUACUGCGGGGUGAGUCUGAGGCAUGUCCACCCCAGAGCCCCCGUUGGGUGGGACUCCCUGUGCGGGGCCUUCGCCGGGCCCGGGCCCGUCUCCCGGGGCCGUUCUGGGUUCAGGACUGUCCCCUGGAUCCUCACACAGCAUGAUGGGCCCCAGUCCCGGACCGGCCACUUCCACGGGACACUCCUUUCCUCAGCAAACAUCUGCGGGAUACAGCCAGGAGAGUUUGCAUCAGAUGCACAAGCCUGUGGAGGAGAGCCUUUCAGAAGACGCUCGCUUCAGUCAGAUGAAGGUGGUACCGAUGAGGAUGACCCGUCCUGGGAGCCCGAUGGACCAGCACUCGCAAGGAUACCCGUCUCCGCUGGGCGCUUCAGAACACGUGUCCAGUCCCAUGUCCACCAGCGGGCCUCCAUCAGGUCCUCUCCUGUCCACCGGCUCCAGCUCGGCCUCGCUGGAGGGUGUGGACGGCCAGAACCGCCCGGGAACCCAAAGCGCCGCCUCGGUGUCCGGCACCAGCGUCUCGAGCUCCUCGGCCCCCCCGACACCCUUCAACCAGAGCCAGCUGCACCAGCUGCGGGCGCAGAUCAUGGCCUAUAAGAUGCUGGCGCGCGGGCAGCCUCUCCCAGAACACCUGCAGAUGGCAGUGCAGGGCAAGCGGCCCAUGCCAGGCAUGCCACCGGGACCGUCCCUGACCAGCUUAACCCCGGGGGGGGGAGGAGCGAGCGCCGGCUUCAGCAGAGGACAUGGGAUGGUGGGACCCAACAUGCCUCCUCCUGGACCUUCAGGAAUCCCGGCUGGGGUUCAGGGCCAGAACCACAACGGACCCCCCAAACCCUGGGCUGAAGGUCCGAUGGUGAACGCAGCGACUCCUUCGAAUGCUCCUCAGAAGCUGAUGGCUCCUCAGCCCACGGGACGCCCUUCACCGGCUCCACCGUCGGUGCCACCGGCCGCCUCGCCAGUCAUGCCACCGCAAACCCAAUCGCCAGGUCACCUGACCCACCCUCCCCAGCCCAACACCAUGGUGCCGCUGCACCAGAAGCAGAACCGCAUCACGCCCGUCCAGAAGCCCUGCGGCCUGGACCCGGUUGAGAUACUGCAGGAGAGAGAGUACAGGCUUGAAGCUCGUAUCACUCACCGUAUUCAGGAGCUGGAGAAUCUCCCGGGGUCUUUAGCUGGAGAUCUGCGGACCAAAGCUACUAUUGAGCUCAAAGCUCUCAGACUGCUCAACUUCCAGAGACAGUUGCGUCAGGAGGUGGUGGUUUGCAUGAGACGUGACACGGCUUUAGAAACAUCACUGGACUCCAAGGCCUAUAAACGCAGCAAGAGACAGUCGUUACGCGAGGCGCGGAUCACAGAGAAACUGGAGAAACAGCAGAAGAUCGAACAGGAACGCAAACGCAGACAGAAACACCAGGAGUAUCUCAACAGUAUCCUGCAACACGCCAAGGACUUCAAGGAAUAUCAUCGUUCCAUCACAGCGAAGAUCCAGAAACUGACCAAAGCCGUGGCCACGUAUCACGCUAACACUGAGCGCGAGCAGAAGAAGGAGAACGAGCGCAUCGAGAAAGAGCGAAUGAGACGCCUGAUGGCUGAGGAUGAGGAGGGUUACAGGAAGCUCAUCGACCAGAAGAAGGACAAGCGUCUGGCGUAUCUCCUCCAGCAGACGGACGAGUACGUGGCCAAUCUGACGGAGCUGGUGCGCGCUCAUAAAGCGGUGCAGGCCCUGAAGGAGAAGAAGAAGAAGAAAAAGAAGAAGAAGAAGAAGCUGGAGAGCGCCGAGGGACCGGCCGGGGCUCUUGGACCCGAUGGAGAGCCCCUGGACGAGACGAGUCAGAUGAGUGAUCUUCCAGUGAAGGUGAUCCACGUGGACAGUGGGAAGAUCCUGACGGGAGUGGACGCUCCUAAAGCUGGACAGCUGGACACGUGGCUGGAGAUGAACCCUGGAUACGAGGUCGCGCCGCGCUCGGACAGCGAGGAUUCUGGGUCGGAGGAGGACGAGGAAGAGGAAGAGGAACCUCCCCAGCUUCUGCCCUCUCAGACUCCAGGAGAGGAGAAGAAGAAGAUCCCCGACCCCGACAGCGAGGACGUGUCCGAGGUCGACGUGCGUCACAUCAUAGAACAUGCUAAACAGGACGUGGAUGAUGAGUACGGUAGCGCUGCGUUCGCGCGCGGGUUACAGUCGUAUUACGCCGUGGCUCACGCUGUUACCGAGCGUGUGGACAAACAGUCGUCUCUGCUGAUCAACGGUCAACUCAAGCAAUACCAGAUCAAGGGUUUGGAGUGGCUGGUGUCUCUGUAUAACAAUAAUCUGAACGGGAUCCUGGCGGAUGAGAUGGGUUUGGGCAAAACCAUCCAAACCAUCGCGCUCAUCACAUACCUGAUGGAGAACAAGCGCCUGAACGGACCCUACCUCAUCAUCGUGCCGCUCUCAACUCUGUCCAACUGGGUCUAUGAGUUUGAUAAAUGGGCGCCGUCUGUCGUCAAAGUCUCGUACAAGGGAUCUCCCGCUGCUAGAAGAGCCUUCGUACCACAGCUACGCAGCGGCAAGUUCAACGUGCUGCUCACUACUUACGAAUACAUCAUCAAAGACAAGCAGGUGCUGGCCAAGAUUCGCUGGAAGUACAUGAUCGUGGAUGAAGGUCACCGCAUGAAGAACCACCACUGUAAGCUGACGCAGGUGUUGAACACACACUAUCUGGCGCCGCGGCGUGUGUUGCUGACCGGGACGCCGCUACAGAACAAGCUCCCCGAGCUCUGGGCGCUGCUCAACUUCCUGCUGCCCACCAUCUUCAAGAGCUGCAGCACGUUUGAGCAGUGGUUCAACGCUCCCUUCGCCAUGACCGGAGAGAAGGUGGACCUGAACGAGGAGGAGACGAUCCUGAUCAUCCGGCGCCUGCAUAAAGUGCUCCGGCCGUUCCUGCUGCGAAGACUGAAGAAAGAAGUCGAGGCGCAGCUGCCGGAGAAGGUGGAGUACGUGAUCAAGUGUGACAUGUCGGCUCUCCAGAGGGUUUUGUACCGACACAUGCAGGCCAAAGGAGUUCUGCUAACCGACGGCUCCGAGAAGGACAAGAAGGGUAAAGGCGGCACUAAGACUCUGAUGAACACCAUUAUGCAGCUGAGGAAGAUCUGUAAUCAUCCCUACAUGUUCCAGCAAAUUGAGGAGUCGUUUUCGGAGCAUCUGGGCUUCUCUGGCGGGAUAGUUCAAGGGGCUGACCUGUACCGGGCCUCAGGGAAGUUUGAGGUGCUGGAUCGUAUUUUGCCCAAGUUACGGGCGUCCAAUCACAAAGUGCUUCUCUUCUGCCAAAUGACGUCACUGAUGACCAUAAUGGAGGAUUAUUUUGCGUACCGCAGCUUUAAAUAUCUUCGUCUGGAUGGCACGACCAAAGCAGAGGAUCGUGGGAUGCUGCUGAAGACCUUCAAUGAUCCGGCGUCUCAGUACUUCAUAUUCCUGUUGAGCACCAGAGCCGGAGGACUGGGACUCAAUCUACAGAGCGCCGAUACCGUCAUCAUAUUCGACAGCGACUGGAACCCGCAUCAGGACCUCCAGGCGCAGGAUCGAGCCCAUCGCAUCGGACAGCAGAACGAGGUGCGCGUUCUGCGUCUCUGUACCGUCAACAGUGUCGAAGAAAAGAUCCUAGCGGCCGCUAAAUACAAGCUGAAUGUCGACCAGAAGGUGAUCCAGGCCGGCAUGUUCGACCAGAAGUCGUCGAGUCAUGAGCGCCGAGCGUUUCUGCAGGCCAUUCUGGAGCACGAGGAGCAGGACGAGGUCAGGAGUAUCACUCCUUCUGCGUAUAGUAGGCGACAAACAGAAGAAGAUGAAGUGCCGGACGAUGAGACCGUAAAUCAGAUGAUCGCUCGGAGCGAAGACGAGUUUGACCAGUUCAUGCGCAUGGAUCUGGACCGCCGGCGCGAGGAGGCUCGUAACCCGAAGCGGAAGCCUCGUCUCAUGGAGGAGGACGAGCUGCCCACGUGGAUCAUGAAAGAUGAUGCCGAGGUGGAAAGGCUGACCUGUGAGGAAGAGGAGGAGAAGAUGUUCGGCCGCGGGUCCCGGCAGAGGAAAGAGGUCGACUACAGCGACUCGCUCACGGAGAAACAGUGGCUGAAGGCUAUUGAGGACGGGACUCUGGACGAGAUCGAGGAGGAGGUUCGGCACAAGAAAACGACCCGGAAGAGGAGACGGGACCGGGAUCCGGAUGUGAUUCCCUCCACUUCAGGAGCGAGAGGAGCGAGGGAACGAGACGACGACAGCAAAAGGCAGAAGAAACGAGGGCGUCCGCCAUCAGAGAAGCUCUCGCCUAACCCUCCCUCUCUCACCAAGAAGAUGAAGAAGAUCGUGGACGCGGUGAUUAAAUAUAAGGAGAAUAACGGGCGUCAGUUGAGCGAGGUGUUCAUCCAGCUGCCGUCACGGAAGGAGCUUCCCGAGUAUUACGAGCUGAUCCGCAAACCUGUGGACUUCAGGAAGAUCAAGGAGCGCAUCCGGAGUCACCGGUACCGAAGCCUCAAUGAUCUAGAGAGAGACGUGAUGCUGCUGUGUCAGAACGCUCAAACCUUCAACCUCGAGGGAUCACUGAUCUACGAGGACUCUAUCGUGCUGCAGUCGGUCUUCACCAGCCUGUGUCAGAAGAUCGAGAGAGAGGAAGAGAGUGAUGGAGAGGACAGUGAGGAAGAUGAAGAGGACGAAGGCUCGGAUUCAGAGACUCGGUCGGUGAAGGUAAAGAUUAAACUGAGCCGCAAGGACAGAAGUGCAGAGCGAGGAAGAGGACGCAGGAGAACCGCCAGAACCCGCGCAAAACCUGUCGUUAGUGAUGAUGACACUGAUGAGGAGCAGGAGGAGGAUCGCUCCAACAGCGUCAGUGAGGAGGAGCAGGGAUGAAGAUCCACAAUAAAGAAACUAUUCCAUCGUCCAGUAGAAGAACAUCCUCAUCCUCCUCAGCUCACAGAGCAACCGUACGUUCACACACACUCCUCGUGCGUCUGUGCAGACAGAAGCUCUGUGUGUGUGUGUGUGUGUGUGUGUGUCGAGGCUUUAAACUCUCCCGUGACGCUUCAGACCUGAACGAGAUGUUUCUGUGACACUGAGUAUUAGACAUCGCAGUUUUAGAAGAGCAACGUUUGUGAUCGUCUGUCCAAUAAUUUAUUAUGAACCGUAACUGUCGAUUCUUGCACUAGUGAGUUAUGUGCAUGUGCAAUGUAAUAGUAUAGAAACAGUUAUUAUAUGCUGAUAUGAUCAUUAUUUAAGCU